AUGACCGAGCCGCCGGUUGUGUUUAAGCGUUCUAGCAAGAAGCAUGCCCAGCGAGGACGCGUCUCAACUCCAGAAGUAGUCGGAGAAAAAGAGAAGGAGGGCGACCGGGCAGCGGGCUCCGAACAAUCUCCUAGCAUGCUUGCGACGAAACUAAAAAACAAGUUGCGCGCGAAGCCCAAAACCCGGCUCAGCUUCGGUGGCGACGAAGAGGAGGGGGAUGGUGAGGUGUUUCAGGUGAAGAAGUCGAAGUUGAGUCGGAAGUUGACUCUGGGCAAGCAUUCUGCGUCCCCGGGGAACAUCCUUCCCUCGCCUUUUACACCACCCUCAACUCCGUCUUCCAACAAAACGCCAGUCUACGAUGCCGCAUACCUCUCCGAGCUCAAAGCGAGCACUCCCACCUCCCGCCCGCCACUCCCGGCAGACACUUCCAUGUAUGACGCGGACGUCUCCAUGGACGUAGAUACUCUGCAGCAACAGCCUUCAGUGUCCGUGGUAAUUGACAUAACUGGCGAUGACUCGGAGACUGCAAUUCUAUCCGGGUCGUCUAUCCUCGCUGCCAAGCAGAAGCGUGAGCGGCUGCGCACUGCGGAGAAGAGUGGCAACGAGGACUACAUCUCGCUGUCGGUGUCGAAGCGGAGCGAUUACUCCCAAGGUCCUCACCCAGAGAGCCGGCUGGUACGAGAAGAAGACGAGUUGGGCGAUGCAGACGAUGAGUUUUCCGAAUUCACGAGUGCACAAGAGAGGAUCGCUCUCGGAAAGAAGUCUCGCAAGGUUGAGGCGAAGAAGCGGAGGGAAGAGAUGAGCGAGAUGAUCGUCGAUGCGGAAGAGGAAGACGAGGAAACGAUGCAAUGGGAGCUGGAGCAGCUGCGUCGAGGCGGACUGCGAGCAGAAGAAACUGCAGAGAAAGCUCCUAAGCCGAUCUACAAGCCUGCACCAAUACCACCUGUCACCGAAAUACCUACAUUGGGAGCCGCUGUUGCACGUCUAACACAGUCUCUGACGGCGCUGACAACUUCCCACGCGCAAAACUCACAGUCAAUGACGGCGAUCGGAGAGGAGCAGGUGCAGCUGGAGGCGCGGGAGAAGGAGAUGCGCGAGAUGAUCGCGAAGGCGGAGGAGAAGAGGAGCUGGUUUGCUGCGUUCAGAGAGUGGGUAGAGAGCGUUGCGACGUUUCUUGACGAAAAGUACCCACAAUUGGAGAAGCUUCAGGACGAACAGGCGUCUCUAUUGAAAGAACGUGCGGAGAUGAUCUCUCAGCGCCGGCGAGCGGAAGACGAGGACGAUCUCUCUGUAUUUCUUGGCUCUCUGCCCCAGACACAACCGAAGGAAGAUGAACUUGAUGAGCUCGGCCGCGUCAUCCCACAGGCUAACCCCACGGUCACUCGACGCGACCGACGAAACGCUCGUGCGUCGCGGCGAAUGCUAAGGCGUGCGAGCGGCCAUGCGCAGCAGAAUGAAGAGGAAGGAUAUUCGACCGAUUCGUCGCUCCCGCCGUCCGAUGCUGCGGACUACAAGACGGCCGUCGCGGCAUUGCUGCGAGACACCAAAGACAUUAUGUCUGACGUCAAAGCAGAGGAGUUCCGAGAUCCCAGUCGGGGACUGGGAAAGUGGUUCGGGGAGUGGCGUGAGCGAUUCAGCGACAGUUAUACCAGUGCUUGGGGUGGGCUUGGGAUGGUCGGUGCCUGGGAAUUCUGGGUUCGUUUGGAGUUGCUUGGAUGGAGUCCGUUGGAGGACUCUAGGACCCUGGAUGACUUCACAUGGUACAAGUCGCUAUACCAUUACUCACAUCCGCAUCUGCAGUCCGGUGAGGACCAGGAAGCUGAUAUCGGUCCGAUGGGUCCUGAUGGAGACCUUGUCUCUGCAAUGAUAUCCACCGCGGUUAUACCUCGACUCUGCAAGCUGAUAGAAGCCGGCGGGUUUGAUCCAUAUUCGGCGAAGGACCUUCGGAAGUUAACAGAUUUGGCGGAGCAGGUGGAAGCAUCUGUAGAGAAAGACAAUUUCAAGUUCGAGUUGCUGUUGAAAUCCGUAUACAUCGUUCUGCAGGCUGCUGUCGCUUCCACGGAGUCUUUCCUCCCUUCCUAUCUCGCACUGAGCAAGUCUCGCUUCGACCCGGAGGCGAUCCCAGCUCGCCGGCGGUUCCUCACCAGACAGUGUAAGCUACUGUAUAAUAUCAUCAACUGGAGGAAAUACAGCGGUGAGAAGUAUGGGAUCGGCCAGCUCGCGACGAGGCUGGUGGAUAGCUGUAUGUUGCCCGUGGCAGACAGCGGGUGGGAAGUUGGUGGAGAGGAAACUAUACGCAAGGUUGUGCAGGUUCUUCCUGCAGAGUUACAGUCUCGAUCUUUAAAACGUCGAGUAGGUGCUUGA